GAGCCGUGGAGAAUUGCCAAUUGAGAAUUCCGAUCGCUUUCGAAUAACACAGACCAGCACCGCUGUGCAACUAGCCGUAGAACACGUGCAGCGGGAGGACGCUGGUCAUUAUACGUUGAUAGCUAGAACGAAAGGUAACAAUGUUAUUCGCAAGGAUGUCGAACUCAUUGUCGACGACAGAUCGACGGGUGAGGACCCGCCUAUAUUUCUACGACGAUUGGUCGAUCUAUCGGUGAAGGUGGGAACGCGUACUCGAUUGUUAGUCGAAAUACGAAGUUCCACGGAAUUAAAGCUCACUUGGUACCGAAAUGAUCGCCGAAUAUGUGAAACCGAUCGAAUUAAAGAGAUAAAUGAAGGCACAUUUCACUAUUUGGAAGUGAGCCCAGUUAUAUUGGAAGACGGUGGCCAAUGGAUGGUGCUCGCGGAGAAUACAGGUGGACGUAAUUCAUGCAUUGCACAUUUGAACGUUUUAGUGCCCAAGGCUUACAAGACACCAGAGUUCAUUGAAGAAUUACGUGCCGUACUUACGCAACAAGGCACCGUUUCACUAGAAUGUAAAGUUGUUGGUGUACCCACACCACAGCUACGUUGGUUCAAGGAUUCCAAAGAGAUCAAGGCUGGUGAUGUAUUCGCACUGACCGCCAAUGUGGACGACCCCACCUCGUUGGGUACAUACACCUGUGAGGCCGUCAACUGUAUGGGCAAAUCAUAUUCCAGUUCCAAGGUGCAUGUAAUGGGGCGUGGUAGUAGAGAGGGUUCAUUGAAACCAGCUGAUAGCAUCCCCAACAAUGCACCCCCACCGAUCUUUACGAACGAGCUGCGCGACCUGAGUGUCCGCAUUGGCGAACCAAUUAUACUCGGCUGCCAAGUUGUGGUACCACCUUGGCCCAAAACUGUUGUCUGGUAUAAUAAAAAUGGACGCAUUGAGUCAAGUGAGCGCUAUAAAUUAAUCGAAGAUGGCUUGGGCGUUUAUAUGAUCGAAGUCAAACCCUCCGAGAGUUGUGACGAAGGCGAAUGGAAAUGCGUAGUUACUAGCUAUGAAGGUUGCGUCGGUAUUUCAACGUGUAACGUCACUAUGGACAUUCCCAAAAAUUAUCGCAAGCCACGUUUCAUGGAAAGUCUACGCGCUGUGCUCACCGAGGAAGGACUCGUCUCAUUCGAAUGCAAAGUGGUUGGUUUUCCUACGCCCGUACUUAAGUGGUUCAAGGAUGGUCAGGAACUAAAACCCGGCGAUGUUUAUCAAUUAACUGGCACCAACUCGCUUGGCACAUACUGUUGCAUAGCCAAGAACUGCAUGGGUGAGAGUAGCAGCGUUGCUGUGCUCACUGUAGAGGAUAUAAAAAAUCAGCUUAACGACGAAGAGCGUCUCACAUUUGCUAAUCAGAAUCAGCCACCUAAAUUUGUGGUGGGCCUUAAAAGUCAAGAGGCCAAGAUCAACGAAUUUUUCCAAUUUACUGUAAAUGUCAAUGCCACACCAGAUCCAAUGCUCUCCUGGUUUCGCGAUGAGUUCCCGAUCGAGAACAGUGAACGAUACUCUCACUAUCGUGGCGAGCAAGAUCAUUGGCAUUUGGAUAUACGCGCUGUGGAAUUCGUAGAUCAGGCCGAGUGGAAGUGUGUGGCUGUGAAUGACUUUGGCACAAGCGUUACUUCCAGUUAUCUAAAGUUGCAGAUACCACGGCACUACAAGAAACCACGUUUCCUGGAAUGCCUGAGAGCGGUGUUGACGGAAGAGGGCGCGGUAAACUUGGAGUGCAAAGUUAUUGGUGUGCCACAGCCCGUGCUGAAGUGGUACAAGGAUGGUGUUGAGUUAAAGCCAGGUGACAUACAUAGAAUCAUCUCAGGACAGGAUGGUACUUGCUGCCUGGGCACCUACACAUGUGAGGCUAGAAAUUGUAUGGGCGUUGUCGCUAGCUCAGCUUCGCUACUCGGUUUCGAGGAGGCGUACAAAAAUCAAAAGCACGAACAGGCACAAGAAAACGAAUUGCAGCGCAAUUUCUCCUUGUCCACCAUACAGGAGGAGCGUACAUCCCAGUUGUACGAGACACCUGUUGGCGAUAUAACGAUUGACUCAAAGGGAGAGGUAUCUUUCUCUUUCGAUGGCAAAGAGGUUUCUGUAUCCUUGUAUGAGACACCCGAUUUGACCGAAGAAGAAGCAUUGAAGAUCGUCGAAAUGUACGCCGAUCAGAUUUCAGAGCAUGUGACUGAGCACAAUGUGGUGGAAUUGCCGCCACUGCGUUUUGUUAAAGAGACCUCACAGUCGGGUAAACUGCUAAUGGAAGCUGUGGUAAUUGACAUCUCGCCAGAGUACUUUUCACAUGAGGAGGACAUGCGUACCGAGGCAGGUUUGGAUGAUAUUUCCAUCAACGAGAUAACAGUGCAUGGCUCCUCGGGUCAUGAGGGUGACACCGAUCGCGAAGCUGAGAACUAUGCGCAACGCAGCUUUGAGAAAAUGGAGGAAGACUUGUCAUUGACGGCACCGAUACGCAAGCGUAAAAAAUCACGACCGACCGAAACCACUGAGGAAUUUUACAGCUUAUCGAAAGCAUCUGAUAGCCAAGCGGGCGAUGAGGAGGAUACUUCCGAUUUACAAACAUUCGCUAGCGCUACGCAAAUGUCAUCGCGCAUCGAUUCUGCUGCCGGCCCUGAUGCUGCACAGCCCGCAGAAGGUAUGCAACCACCGAAGCGCAAGAAGGCCAAGGGCAAGACCACUGAUAGUGAUUCAUCAAAGACAACCGAAGACGAUACGAAAAUGCAAGAUAUAUCUGGUGCAGUAGGGGAUGGUUUGAUGUCUGUGAAGCCAGUAAAAGUGAUCUCCAGCGCAACGGAGAUUGAGCAGAAUUUGAGGACACUGCUGCCACUAGCGAAAUCGCUGAAGACUAUUGAGCACCACCUGACUAUCGUGGAAAAUGAAGUGGUCGAGCAGGCAGCCAUGAUGAUGACGUCAGGGUCUGCAGAACAGAGCAUCGCCAUCAUACGCAAUAUCAUCGACCCGGUGAAGCAGGUGGAGUGCAAGUUGCGCGCCUAUUCCGGGGAGACACCACUCGACGCGCUCUUCCAAACGAUGGAGGAGGAUAUACGAAAGCUGCACACCAGCCUACAGGUCAUUGAGAAGUGUGUCGAAAUAGAUGAAACUGGCGUGACGCUUAUACAACGCACCAGUGUCUGCAUUAUAGACAGUGUGGGCGAUCAGCUGAUAAAGGCAUUGCAAGAGGUGCAGAACAUUGCAAAGACUUUCGAGUCUACGAGUUUGCGUGCACAUAUAGAUCUCACCGCAGACGAUAUUAGGCAAGGUCUCGAAAUCACACAGGGCACUAUAAAGUCACUGGCGCUGCUGCAAGAAGCGCAGGAGUUGGAGGCGGCCAAGCAUCUCUCGGAAACGGUUGCCAAGCUACAGGCUAGACCAGAGGGAGAACCGGCGUCCUUUGCUAAUAUCUCGGAUGCUAAAUUGCCUGACGAAGCUGAUGCACUGAAGCUCGUUUGUCAGCCGGUUGUGAAUAUACAAGCCGCCUUAGAGAAGGUGGAGAAUGAAUUGAGUCUCGAAGAAAACGAAGAACAGAUCUACAAGAAGGUGCACAAGAAAGUGUUGGAAAAUAUUGUCGAACCAAUUAAGGAACUGCAAUCGGUGUUGGAGAUAAUCGAACGAAAGGCGGAGGCACUCGCUGGCAUCGACUCCACAGUGCUAACAGUCAAUGCCUGCUUGAACAUUGUCCGACGACUCAUUCAAUAUUAUUUCCAUACCCUUGUUGAGUUCAAAUAGAGCCGGUGUGACAAUGUCCAAGCAGGCAUGUUGACUGUUAGCACUGUGGAGUCGAUGGUACCGCCAUUGCAAGAGAUACAGAACGGGCUGGCGCAGCUCACACAGGACGUGGAAAGUGGACACUUUACGGAAGAGGCCGUGCUCGACUCGGCGGAUACGCAAAAGUUGCUGCAAUCUAUAGCGCAGUCUGUGCUUCACUUCGAGACGAAUAUCGAGCGCAUAUCAGCGCGUUUAUCACCCAAUGUGCAAUCGGGCUUGUUCAAUAUCAAGGAGGAAAUGUCUGCCUUAAUUGGAAAUGUGUUGAAUGAGAACAUCACCAAGUAUCAUGUGACGCUGUUGGAGAACUUGAAACGGCCUAUCGAUGAGCUCAACUAUUGCAUACGACAAAUUGAAGGCAAAUCUAUAUCGGGCUCUUUAACUGACUUUAUCGAUCCCUUGCACAGUCUCAGCGAUCGCGUGCAUUUGGGUCAGGAGAUCAUGCACAUGUCUGGUGCGAAGCAAAACGAAAAAAAUCUUGAGGUCCUCGAUAGAAUGGAACAACUAAUUAGGCGCGUUGAGAUCGAUAUUGAAGAACAUGAAUUCAAGGUGCUGCAACGCGAAGUCGAACUUGAUGAGAAGCGUGCAAACGAAGAGGAGAAAUCUUUCCUUUACAUGCGGCAAGCAAUGGAAAUGAAGAUAGCUCAAGAUGAGGCUGGACAAAAUAUACAAGAACUACUGCACACAGUUACAGAGAUAGAGGCCACACCUGACUUGGAUGCUCAAACCCAAAAAGUGUUAUCAGUGCUAGACCAAAGUCUUACCGGCCUUGUCGCCGAUGUAGAAAAACUGAAGGAGUCACCGAGCACGAGGGAAGAAAACGAAGCUGCUACAAAAGUGCUAACCGACAUUGCCAAGCCACUGCAGGCAGCUGCUGAGGUUUUACGCAGGGCGCUAACGCCAGCAAAAGAACUGAAGGUAGAGCAGCUCCCACAAAGCGUGAGUCUGCAAGCAGUUUUGCAAGAGUUGAAUGAGGUCGUGGAAAAUAUACCCGAGCAAAAUGAGCAGAACGUAAAAUUGAAGGCGUUGCCCAUCGUACAAUCGGUGCUAAAAAUAGUGCCCGCGCUACAAACAAUCACAGAUUUACCACAAGCGUCAACAGCGGUAACGCACGCUGAGAAAAAGAAGGCAGCGGCAGAUGUUGAUAGUGGAGCUGCAAAGAAGCCGAAAAUGGCAGCUGAAGUCAGCGAUGAGGUAGAAACAGCACCAACAGCCGACGCGCCUACUACGGUUAAGGUUGAGCCAGCGACGAAAGCCGCGGAUGACGCUUCCACACUGGAGGACAUAUCCGCCAUGAAAUCAGCAGCUGAGUCAUUACCAGCAGAUAGUUUGGCCUCUGGAGCAGAAGAUAAAACGGAUCAUCUCAAAGCUUUCGAAGCUAACAAGAACAAAGUGAACGCGCUGCUGUCGCAACUGAAGAAUAGCAUCGCAACAGUAUUGGCGCAUUGCGACGAAGUAGAUGUAGGCUCGCUGCAAGUGGAAACUGCGCAACAAGUGAAGGCAAGUCUCUCGAAGCUGGCAGGCGUCACUGAAUGCAUUGCUGAUGUCCAUCAACCAAUCGUUGUGGAGACACUGGGUUCACUCUCCGACGCCAGCGAGUGUAGAACGUUCGCUGAAGCUGUGUGCCAUUUGGAAGCUUGUGUGGUGCAAGUUGAGGAGUGCAUGGCACAAGCCGAUUUAAAGGAGCUGAGUGGUGGCGACUCCAUUUCCGAAUUGAAAACAUUAGCUCUACCCUUACAAGACCUUAAGGAGUGCAUUAAAGUCUUUCACAAUGAAGAAUUGGAGCAGGUUAUGAGUUUGGCAACAGCAAGCUUACCGCUAACUAGCGCACAAGUUUUACAAGACAUACAGCCCUUUGUGCUCUCAAUUAAGGAGAGUCAAGCAAUCGAAACUUUGCAGUCCUUAGCGGCGGAUGAGUCUCUAGCGCAGCUCAAACAAUUUAUAAAACCCAUACAAGAGCUGCAAACUGCCGUGCUGUCUACCGCUGAGCAGGUGCAUUUGUCGCAAAUUGAAAGUUUGCCCCAGCAGGCGAGCAUUGCGGUGUUGGAAAAGUGUGCCAAGCCUAUACAGGACAUCAGGGAAGCGCUACUGCAAGUGCAAGAAGAAACGCCACUGGCCACCCUAGAAGCUACUCCGGCAUUGCAAGUUUUGAAGGAAAAAAGUGAAGUUGUAUACAAUCUCCUGCAAUACUGUGAAAAAGUGGACCUGCAUGUAUUGGAGAAUCUUGCCGAUAUGUCUACACAAGCUGAUGUCUCUGCACUCAAAUCUUGCGCCGAGCUCAAGUCUUUGGAGACACAACUAGAACCUGCCGUUAGCGCGAAACAAGCAACAGUGAAGUACUUGGACGUCAAGGAAUGCAUUGCGGAUGGCAUCAAACAAAUACAAGUCUGCUUGACAUCAGCCGAAAAAAACGUGGUGCCCGAGUUGCACGAUGUUGGAGAGGUCAUGAAAGAGCUUAAACGUGAAUUAGAGCACAUGCAAAGUGAGUUGUCUGAACCAACAGCGCAGCAAAAUGCGGCCAAAGCCAAUCGUAGCGUAGCUAAAACGAUGUUUAAAUUGAAAGAGUGUCUGGUGCACACCUACGAGGCUGGCGUUGAAAAGUCGCUGGAUGAAAUCGAGAAAACUUUCGAAGACAUACUAACAGCGCUGCCGACUUUAGAAAUACAGCUGGCACAAGAGAUGUACGCAAAAAUCGAGGCAUCGCUACACGCAUUUAACACCACUUGCGCACAACCAGAGGCGCCUGAGCUGGAAAAACUGAUAGAACCCAUUGGAGACAUUUUGAGCAGCACCAAAGCAAUUAAUGAGUUGAAGAGCAUAGAUGUUGAAAAGUCUUCAUUGGUGGUGGCGCAAUUACAAUCGCAUUUAAUGGCCGCAUUUAGAGCGCUCAACGAAGUUAGUGAAUCGCUUAGUGGAGCUGGGCGUGAAGCUGUUUUGAAAGCGCAAGAUGCUGUGCUAGCAACAAACGAAUUCAUUGCGGAAGCCAGCGAGCAAAUUAGAACUAUUGAGCUGCUACAGGAGGUAGAUAGCUUGACGCCCAGUUUGGCUGCUAUUCCCGGAAGUUUUACGUCCGCAAGCGAGCAGGAACGCAAGCAAGCACUACUCGAAACGCUUAUGCAGCGUGUUACGCAAGGGAAAGCAUUUUUACAAAGCAUUGAAGAUGGCUUAAACGCAAACAAUCCGGUAUUCUAUAGGCUAGCAGAGCAAAACGAGCUGGACAUAAGUAGCGUAGAAGCAGCACUCAUACGCAUCGAAAAGGAAAUCAUACCAAAACUGGAAACGCAGGUGCCAGCGGCUGAUGACAGCGCGCUAGUCGAUGUGCUGGGAGUGCAUUUGAAAUCUUUGCAGGACAGUCUCGCCAAACUCAAUACUGCAGCGAUUGUGGUGGAAAAAGUACGCGUGGAUGUAGAAACAAGGUCGAUUGAGCAGCAAGAGCCGGAGCCGGGGCUCGUUGCGCAAAAAUCCCUAACCUCAACCACACCCCAGCAGACUUCAGCGAAGAAGGAGUCAUCACAGUUACGCGAAACUUCGCUACCCGCUGAGGAAGACAUAUCUACGCUAGAGGAAAUUUCAGCUAUCGAGUCUUACUUGGGCUCACCACCACCUAUUUCCCGCGCCGAAGAAGUGCCGCCUACACCGCCAGCUGACAAAGGUAAGGUCGAUGUGUUGUUGUCACAACUCAAAAGUAGCAUCGUCUCAGUGUUGGCACAUGGUCACGAAGUAGAUGUCGCCUCUCUGCAGCUGGAGACUGCACAACAGAUUAAGGCAAGUUUAACAAAAUUACAGCACGUAAAUGAAUGUUUUGCCGAUGUCCGUCAACCCACUGUCAUUGAGCCACCACUCCCAUCCCUCUCCGAUGCUAGUGAAUGCAAAACAUUUGCUGAUGCUGUGUGUAAUUUGGAAGCAUGCGUAGUGCAAGUUGAAGAAUGUUUGGCCCAAAGUGAGUUGCAAGAUCUGAGUGCGCAAGCGAUUUCCGAACUGAAAACUUUGGCACAACCACUGCAUGAAGUUAAGGAAUGCGUAAGAGUUUUCCACAAUGAAGAAUUGGAGCAUGUGCUUAGUUUGCCAACAAUAAGCAUGCAACUAACCAGUGCUCAAGUUUUGCAGGACAUUCAACCGUUUGUGCUGUCGAUCAAGGAGAAUCACGCAUUGGAGACGCUGCAGUCGCUGGCGGAGAACGCAUCACUCGCGCAGCUCAAGCAAUUCAUACAACCCAUACAAGAACUGGAAAGCGCCAUACUAUCCAACGUUGAGCAGGUGCACUUGUCACAAGCUGAAAAUAUUUCUAGGCAGGAGAGCACCGCUAUAUUGGAAAAGUGCGCUAAACCUAUCUGGGAUAUCAGAGAAGCUUUGCUGCAAGUACAAGAAGAAACACCACUCUCCACGCUAGAAGAUUGUCCCGCACUGAAGGUGGUGAAGGAGCAGACCGAUGUCAUAUACCACCUGCUGCAAUACUGCGAGCAAGUCGACAUGAAUGCUUUGGAAAACAUUGUCGAGAUGUCAACACAAGCCGAUGUUUCGGCGCUGAAGUCCUGCGUGGAGCUGAAAUCCGUACACACGCAACUUGAGCCACCAGCCACAGGUGUGGUUGAAAGCGUUAAGCUGCAGGAUGUGCGAGAAAGUAUUACGAAUGGCAUUAAUCAGCUACAAACGUGCUUGGAAAAGAGCACAGCAAACAAUGUCCCAGAACUGUGUGAAGUUGAGGUUGCUAUGCAGGAGUUGCAGCACGAGCUACAAAGUAUGCAAAACGAGCUUACGAAACCCGCCGCAGAACAACAAGCUGCCGAGUCGCAAACACGGGUGGCCAAAGUAAUGUUUAAAUUGAAAGAAUGCAUCGUUCACACUUACGAAGCGGGCGUGGAAGAAUCACUAGACGAUAUUGAAAGAACCUUUGCCGACAUCCUACAGGCCAUGCCAACGCUAGAGCUGCAAUUAGCGCAGGAGAUGUGUGGCAAAUUAGAAUCGGCUGCAUCAGAGUUUGUCACUAGUUGCACACAGUCAGACGAUUUGGCAGACUUCCGUAAGUUAACACAGCCGCUCGAGCUGGUCUUAGCUAGCACUAAAGCCAUCGGUGAGCUCAAGUUGGUCGAGGUGCAGAAGUCCUCAUUGGCUGUGGCUAAUCUACAGUCGCAUUUAAUGGCCGUCUUUAGAGCACUUGAUGAGAUUGGUGAGUCAGCAGCGGCGAAUGAACGAACAAAUUUUUCACAGUUACAAAAUGCCGUCCUAUCCAUUUCCGAGUUUAUUGACACCAGCGAAAACACGUUGCGCGCUAUUGAACUGAUACAAGAGUUGGAUACGCUCAUGACACAACUAAGCUUCGUGGCCAAUGAAGUACGACUUGCUAAGGCAAACGAAAGCAAGCGGGCGUAUUUGGAAGCAAUAAAUUCGGGCGUAGCCUCAGCGAAGGCCUUCUUACUCAGCAUCGAUGAGGGGUUGAAGAUAAAUAAUUCUGUCUUCGUGAAGUUAGCUGCAGAAAACGAGGUAGACAUUGAAAGCGUACAAGCCGCAUUGAUACGCCUGGAAAAUGAGAUACUGGAAAAGGUACGAACUGCAAGCUCCACAACAGAGGAAGAGGAAGCCGUAGUCGAUGCGCUGCGUGUGCAUUUGAAAAAUUUGCAAGACAAGUUGUUGGCGCUAAACAAUGCUGCAGCAAAGGUGAAGCCUAAGGUGGCCGAGCCGGAAGUUGUAGAAGCGAAGAUCAAUCAGAAGAGCGCUGCUGUUUCAGAACCAGAAAAAGUGACAGCAAUUGAGGUAGUCCAGCCGAUAGUUAAGAAGGAAGCUGGGCCAAUCGAAGCUGAAGCAAUAGCGCCGCAGGCUGUGACUCAUGAACAGGCAACGCCAGAAGAAAAGCUUGAGGUGACGGCUGACGAAACAAAGCCACAAGCAGCCAUCUCUGCGAAAGACAAGGAUACGCAAGAGGCUCCAGUAGCCGUGGUGGAACCGAAAGAGCCGCAAGCACCCACACUGCCAACCGAGCCAUAUCUCCAAAGAGCAGAAGAAUUGAUAAAUAACACACUCGCACUCACACAGGCGCUGAGUAACGAAAAAUUGACCAAAGCCACAUCGGAAGUCUACAAAUCGGUUGAAAUCAAUUUGAAAGAGAUUAAAAAUUUGCUACAAACACAACCUUCCAACACAAUCGAAGAUCAUAUUUUCUUGCCGCUAUUCAAGUUGAAGGAUUUGAUUGCUUUCAUCAAGAGAACGCCAAUGGAUGAUGUUUCGAAGGCCGAGGAGGCUCAACAGGUUAUACAGAAUACCAACGGCGUGCUGCUACAAAUCUUGAAUGGUCAUCGGGGUCUACGAAACGCAAUGAUUUUCGAUAUUACCGAAGCCACGCUACCAUAUAUAGGCAGCAUAACGUCAUUCAUAACACAAGUAUUUCCGAACGAUAGAAAUCUGUGUGCGAUAUCGCGAGCGCUGCAACGAAUUUCCACGGAGAUGAAUGCGCUUAAGAAGGAAAAUACAUCAAAUAUGGAUAGAGGGUCACGUGCUUAUCAAAAUCUACAAUCAGCUUUGUACGAGUUGAAGAACUCAUUGGAUACGCUGUGUGCUGAACAGAAAAUCGAAAUCCUUCUACUACAAAAAGAAAGCUUAGAACGUAUUUGCAAAGCUAUGGAUGAAGGUCAGUUGAGAGAUGUUAUAGAGCUUAUACAGGAGUUUGAGGUGCAGAAGGAUUUCUUUGUGCAAAUGUUGGAAGCAUUGAAGAUUAUGUCCCAACAACAAGCCGCUGCUGCACGCCAAGAGGACAGCAAAGCUGAAAAGCUCGAGCAAGCUGCCGCCGACGAAGCGCUGAAGCAGCACAUCGAAAAUGUCUUGAACGUAAUUGCUGGCGAUGAGCGCUUAAAAGACAUCGGCAGUGAGCUUAGUGAGUUGCUCAAUGAUGAUGAAAGGUUCGCAAAACUUGUGUUCAAGUUAAGAGAACACAUUGUGCACACUUACGACGGUGGUCCACGCGCAGCAGACGAAAGCGCUGAAAAAUUGGAAGAUAUUAUUGAGAACUUACUCGCUAGCAAUCCAGAAGCUGCUCGAAAAUUGACGGAAGAAUACUAUGAGUAUAUCGAAAAUAAUGUGAAGCAAAUAUCGGAGAGAAUUAAGAUCAUAGAAAACGCCGAGCUGCGUACAAAGGUGAGCGCCUUAAACCCCCGGCUGAAAGCAUUGGCUGCGGUUGUUAAAGACGUAAAAGAACUAAAAAUAGCAAAAAAGUUGGCAGACAGGCAGGAGAAUCUGAAAAAAGAGCUCUUAAAUACUGUCGAGUUUUUGGAUGACUUGGCUAAGCCAUUGGCUGCAGAUUUGCAAGCCAAUAUUGAAAAACUUAAAAAGCUCGCGCUGAGAGAAUACGAUUAUAUAAAUAAUAGUGAAAAAGCAGCACAAGCACCGAAGAUUCUCUUGGAUACAUAUUUCUUAACGAGUGCCUUGAACAACUUGUGCGCUAAAUUGCAAAGAGCAGCGUUGGUGACUGCAGAGGCAAAGGAAAGCGAGGUUGUGGUUUUGGAAACUGAAGAUGCCCAGCUAAAAGUGGAAGUGAAACCCAAAGUUGAAGUCGUUGAAGAAAAAGAGCAGCUCCAGCAAGACGCGGUUACAGGCAGAGAUGUGUCAGUUGAGCCGCAGGUAACUACCGCUGCUACAGAAAUCGCCGAGGUGCCAGCAUUCGAUGAAAAAGAAGUCAGUAUGGAAGUUGAAGACGUUCAACGAGCAAUAGCCAUAGAAGAGCCGAAAACCAAAACAGUUGAUGAAAGUAAAAGUGAGGAAAAAUUAGUUGCUGAAGCUGACAAAGCACCUACAACUACUGAAGAGCCUCUUAACCCGAAUUUAUUGAAACAUUUUACGGACAUAGUCGAGGUAACUGCUAAAAUACGAAACGAAGUCGGGACUACAAAAAAUUCAAUCUUGCGGGCAAAAUUAUUACAAUUCGAUGCACCGCUAGCAACCAUAGGAACAAUUUCGGAAACUGUAAAACUAUCAAACAAUAUAGACAAGUCUUCAGAGAAAAUAGCUACUUUACAAAAAGUACUAAUGAACCUCUUUGUAACCUUGGACGACCUACAACAACAGUCGACGGGAGAGCUAACAAAGCACAUCGAAGAUGUUAAAAAGCUGGCAUUGAGUGGAUUCGAAACUGUAGAAAAGAGCGCGGCAAGCGCAGACUCAGAGAAAAUACUCCUCAGUAUUUGUGAUUUAACGAAGGGAGUCUUAGAGGUUUGCAAGGAAUUGCUAAAGAUUGAGGAAGAACAACUUGAGACGACUGAGACGACAGAUACACAGACAAUAUUUGAAGAGCAGGUUCAGGAGACGAAAACUGAACAAGUUGCUGCAGUUAAAGAGGUACAAGAGCAGGUGUUAGCGGAAACACGGCCUCAACUUGAAGACGAGGGUAAAAAAGAAGAUCAACCAGCUGAAAAAGUGGCAGAUGAGAGAGUUGAAGAGCAGGCUGGCAAAGCUCAACAAGAGACGCCGACUACGGGAAAUAAUGAGACAAAAGAUAAAGAAAAAGCAGCACCAGAGUCACAAAAUAUAGAAGAGGAAGUCUCAGUGGAAACGAAACCACAAAUCGGAGAACAAAAGAAGACAGAAGAGCUGCCAGAGGAAAAAAUAAAAGAGCAGAAAGCUGAAGCACAAGUGCUAAGCACUGAUGAAACAAAAGCAGAUGUAAAAGAAGAAAAGCCGAAGACGGAAGAACCGGCAACUUCAGAGCAAAAACAAGAAGAACUGCAGCCUCAAAUAGAAGAACAAAUACCCCGGCCUCAGAUUGAAGAGCAAAUAGUUGAAGAUAUCGUUGCGAAGGAGGCUACUACCGAGUCGCCAAAACAGGCAGAUAACCCAGCAGAGGUAACGAUAGAAAAACAAUUGAUGCCAGAAACCCUGAAAAGUGAAGAGAUACCUUCACAAGAACCGGUAUCUGUUGCCGAGGAACAAAAGAGAGAGAAAAAAGAAGCGCAACGAGAAGUCGCUGCAUCCACAGAUAAACAAGCACUUGAAGAGGUGACGAGAGUAGUUGAAAAAGAGAAAACAAAUCAAGAACAAGUUGUUGCCAAAGAACAGUUGUCGGAAGAAAAAGCGCAGAGUGAAAGUGAAGAGCAGAAGGAGGCGCAAAAUGAACAGCAGGAAGAAAAGAAAAUAUUAUCCCAAGUUGAGGCUGAAGAGCAAGCUAUUUUAGAAACGAAGACAGAAAAGGUGGAAUCACAAGUCGAAGCGAAAAAGUUAGAAGAGGCAGUUGAAAAAGAAAAGACUGUGGAGCAAGUUUCACCACAAUCCAAAGCCAUUGAAACAAAGGAACAACCUGAAGAACAAGUCCCUCCUGAAACGCAGCCUGUUACUGAAAUUCAAGAGAGCAGAGAAGUAAAACCGGAAGUCGAGAAAGCAGAGAAGCAAAUAGAAAAACCAAAGAAUCCACUGGAAGUACCCGAAGAACAUGUCGCUCUGGAAACAAAGGCCUCGCCAACAGUUGAAGUUGCCACCUCCAGAGAAGACAAACCCGAAACGACGGCAAUAAAAAACAGCAGUGAAGAACCAAUUCCGCUGGGUGAAAAGACAAUAAAAGCAGUCACAGAAGAGACCAAGACCGAAGUGAAAGAGGAAGCUAAAAAGGUCCAAGAACAGCUUCUGGAAGACAUUCUAGAGCCACAGGAGGCAAACGAUGAAAAUCGCAAACCAGAAAUAGAAGACCAAGUUGCUUCAGUGGCGCUGAUUGUAGAUGUUAAAAAGCCCGAAUUACAGCUUAGCGAAGAAAACAAAGAAGCUGAAGAGACUGAGCAAGUCAAACCCGCUGUUACAGAGAAAGUUGGAGAGCAAGGUGUUGCCGGACAACUGAAACCAGAACUGAAGAAAGAGAAACUUGAGGGUGAGAUUGACACAGAAAAACAAAAGGCUGAAGAACGCGAUGAACUGCGCAAGGCUAAGGAAGAAUUAACUCCAAAAGAAAACCCGCACGAGCAAAAAGUCGAAAAAUCGACCACAGACAAAAAGGAGAUUACAGACCUUCAACCGUCACAGGAAUUAAGUACUAAAUUAGAGCAAUACUUCGCAAGUAUCUCGCAGACUGCUGUAAAAGCAACAGCGAAAAUUCCAGAAAUAAAACCGCAGAGAAUUCACGAAAAGUUGGUUGCGCUUCCACCUUUGCUAGAAGAAAUUAUCCAGGUCUCUGAAAAUGUAAAGAAUCUACAACGAGUUGAAAAAGCCGCACAGCGAAUGGUUACCCUACAGAAAGCAUUAAUGGAUACCUUUGUUAUAUUUGACGAUCUUCACGAAAUAGCAACAACUGAAGUGAAGACGCAGCUGGAGAAAGUUAAAGAACUCGCUUUGCAUCUGUACGACAACAUUGAGAAGUCCGAAAAGUAUGUGGAGUCAGAGGGAGUAUUGUUAGACUUAGUCCAACUAACGGGUAGUGUUCUGGAAGUGUGCAGCGUACUUCAGAAAGAAGUGUCACACGAAAAGGUUAUUGAAGCGAAGCCCAUCGAAAAGAAACUUGGAGAGGAAGAAAGGCCAACAGAACAGAAAGUUGAAGAGAAACAAGAGCCAGAGGAGAAAGUUAUUGAAAAGACACCUGAAGAAAAACAAAUAACCGAGAAAGAUACUCUAGCAAAGGUGCCUGAAGAAAAAGUAGUUGCGCAGAAACCAGAAGAGGAGUCUAUAAAACAGCAGCACGAGGAACCGAAAGUUCCAACACAAGAAGCUGUUGAGAAACUCGUGGAAACAACCGAAGCAGAUAAGCUAAUUGAAUCACCAACUGAACAGAAGAAGUCACAGGAUACUGAGAAAGAUAAAGUGUUAGAAGACACAAAGCUUAAAGAGAAGGCAGGCAAGCAAAAAUCGGUGGAGGAAAAACUUUCUGAAAAGUCAACUGAGAAGAAACCUGUUGAACAGAAAGUAGAAGAAAAGUCAAUAAGACAGACGGAUGAAGAAAUGAAAAAACCAGACGCGAAAGUACCAGAAACAGAAAAGGCCAAUGAAACACCAAUCGAGUUAAGAGAAGCAGAGAUGUCCAAAGAAACGGCUGCAAAUCAAAAGUCGGCAGAGGAUAAGCCGCAUGAAAAAAUGCCUGAAGAGGAAACCGUUGAGAAAAAGUCAGAAGAAAAGUCUAAAGAACAAGAGGAGAAAGUGAAGGGAAAGCCUAAAGAAAAAUUGCAAGAAACACUGACCGAGCAGAAACAACCUAAUGAGAUUGAGAUAGAGCAGGCUAUAGAACAAGAGAAAUCGAAAGAAAAACCUGCUAAACAAAAAUCGGUGGAGGAUAAAGUUCCAGAAAAGGUACCAGCGGAAAAGCCUGUAGAAAAGAACACUGCAGAGAAAGAAUCCGAGGCGCAGUCAAAAGCACAGAGUAUUGAUGAAAACAAGAAACUAAAAGAUAAAGUAACCGAAGAGAAACCUGAAGAAAAGCAAGCUGUCGGCCAAGAUACUUUGGACGCGAAAAAGCUAGAAGCAGAAAAAGUAAACGAAAUAGUAUUCGAACCCAAGGAAGAAAAGGUCAUCGAACCAAAGCCGGUGGAGGUAAAACCACAAGAGGAGCUAGGAGAAAAACCUGUUGAGAAAAAGAUACAAGAAAAGAGUACGGAGAAAAAGGAUGAAGCGAAAGAGAAUUUGAAAGAGAAAGUGGAUGAAGCUGCGGUUGAAGAGAAGAGGCAGGUAUAUUUGGAAGCGCAAAAGUCAGAGUUAGAUAAAGAAACAGAGGUUGAACAAAAGAAAUUAGAGGAUGAAGGGCAUAAAGAGAAACCUGUUGAGAAAAAAGUACAAGAAAAGACAGCCGAGGAGAAGGAUGAAGAAAAGAACAAAAAAGAAAAGUUACCCGCACCGAAGGCUCAAGAAGUGCCAGUCGAUGAGACCAAGAAAGAAAGUGAGCAGAAAAAAGCACAAGAAGAAAAAUCGAAGAAGGAAGAAAAAACAGGCGAUCAAAAAAUCGGAGUGGCCAAGCCAACUGAACAAGAUGCAGCGAAAACAAAGCCUGUUGAAGUAGAAAAAAUUGAAGACGCAAUCGUAAAAGAUGAUGAAAAGAAUCCUAAAUUGGAAGAAUUUUACAAGAAAAUUACUGAGACUCAGAAUAUUCUGCAAAAAGAAAUCGAAGCGGCUAAAGAUAUUUUAUUGAGCCAGAAAUUAACUGCUCUCCAACCACAAAUUGAGAAGCUUGUUGUAAUUACGCAGACUAUUAAGAAUAACGAUUGUGUAGAAAAGGCUUCAAAGGAUAUUGUGCGUCUUCAAAGGGUGCUGAUGGAUAUCUUCAUUACAUUUGAUGAUCUGCAUGAUGUAAAAUUCCAUAUCUUGAAAUUGAAAAUCGAAGAGAUAAAAACGAGUGCUCUUGCAGAAUAUGAUUACAUUGAAAGGGGAAAGAGACAAAUAAAUUCUGAAGAGUUAUUGGAAAGAAUGUCCAUUUUACUGAAAAAAGUCUUGGACACAUGCGUAGAACUUCGAAAAGUAUCCGAAAACGUACCGGUCGAAAGCGCCGAACCGGAUUCCGACAAAGAUAACACUGCCAAAGCAGCGACUGCAGAAAAAGUGGAAACGGUUGAGAAGAAAGCCAAGGUUGAACCCACCGAAGAGCCGUUGAAUCAAAGUUUGCCACUAUAUUAUAACCAAAUAGUUGAAUCUGUGUCUAAAACGUCCGUCAAGCUUUCCGAAAUGGACGAUAAUGAAUUCCGCGUGAAGUUGAUGCCAUUGCACUCGACGCUUCAAGGCGUUCUUUCAAGCGCUGAACAUCUGAAAGGCGUGAACAAGAUCGAGAAGUCUAAAGAGAAGGUGGUAACAUUGCAGAAGAGUCUCAUGGACAUCUACGUUCUCUAUGAUGAUCUUCAGGCUAUAAAUGCCCAGGAAUUGAAAGGAGAUUUAGAGCAAGUGAAGACUUUAGCGCUGAAACAUUACGAUCUCAUUGAUAAGAGUGUUAGAGAAGUUAAUUCGCAAGAGAUCUUAGUGGAGUUAGUAAACCUUUGUCAAGAGAUUCAUAGAGUUUCUGAAAAUAUAUGUCAAUAUGUGAAGAGAUCUAAGGAAGAAGAAACACUUAAGAAGGCCAAGGAGUCUGCCGAAGCAGCGGAUGCCGAAAAGAAGUUGGAUAAGAAAAAGGAGAAAGUGGAAGAUGAAAAGAAAGCAGACGAUUCGGCCGAAAAGUCAGAUAAGAAAGUGGCGCAAGAGAAGGUAAUUGAAGAAGCAAAGAAGGUCGAAGAGAAGCCUAAGAGCAAGGAUAAGAAAAAUACUACCGAAAAAGAAAUUAGAAAGGAAGAGACGCUUAAAGAGGCUGUAGAUGCUAAGAAGCAAUCCGACCUAACUGAAAAGACGACUGAAGCACCCGAAAAGGCUGAACAACAGACUGCAAUAGACAUUAUCCAGAAGAAAGUUGAAGAGGAAAAUAAAUUGGAGAAAGUAGGUGAUGAACCUGCCACUAAAGUUGAUAAGGAAGAAGAAAAACCGAAGAAAGUCGAAAGAAAGAAGAGUCCAAGAGAAGUACGUGCUGAAAAGAAAGAAGAACUUACGCGGAUUGAAAAGGAAGUAAUAGAGGCUAUUGUACCGACAAUGCAGGAGUCAACUGACAAACCUCGACUGACUGAAGAGAAAGUAAAAGUGGAAAAUCAAAAAAUUAGUGCUGAAGAGGACGAGAAAAAGAAGAAAGUGGAGGAGGCAUCAGUCGAAACGAUGCCAAAGAAGGAAGCUGAAGAGGCCAAGAUCAGGGAAGCUGCAGUAAAGGUAGAGGAACAUAAGAAAGAUGAGAGUAAAAAGAGCACGGAAGAAGUUAAGGCAGCUGAUAAGAAACAGCCGGGAGAGGUCAGUGAACCGGAGGUAACAGAAACCCUGCCUAAGAAAUCUGCUGAGAAACCUGAUGAUAAACCCGCUGAGAAACUUACCGAAGAACUUAAUGAGGCUGAUGAAAAACCAAAGAAGACAGCGAGAAAGAAGAGCGAAGAAGAGAUAAAGAAAAUACAAGAGAAACCAACUAGUCCAAAGCAAGUUGGUGAGAAGAAAGAUUUAGAAACACUCGAGGAAGUUGAAAAGCCUAAAAAAGAUAUCGAGCUGCCCGAAGAAAAGCCGAAAAUAGACGUAAAAGAGAAAAGAGUUGAGGCAGAAAAGAAGGCAGAUGAGAAAAAACCUGAAGAAUCUAAAAAUAAUAAAAAUAAGUUGGAGCCUACUGCUACUGAAGAAUCUGAGAAAGCUGUUGAUAAGCCGAAAGACGUCAAAGUGGAGAAAGGGGCUGAAGAAGACAAGACGGCCGAGCAGGAGAAAUCUGAAAAGCUUGAGGUUUUCGAAAAGAAAGCUGAGAUCGUUGAAAAACUUGCUGAAAAGCCUGCGGAAGAAGCUGAUAAGGCUCAAGAAAAGCCCAUAAAGGAAAAGAGGAAGAUGAGUGCUGAGGAAGUGAAAAAAGGCGAGGAAGAGAAGCCUGCAACUCUUGAAGCUGUCAAAAAGAAGCCUGAAACCGUUGAAAAAUCUGAAGAAAAACUUGCUAAAAAACCUGGUGAAGAAGCUGAUAAGACUCUAGAAAAGCACAAAAAG